AUGGUACAUAAAAAGAAUAAGAAACAAAGAACUAGAGUAGAGGUUGCUUCUACCUAUAGUGAAAAGAGAGAGUCAGAGAUUAUAAAUGAACUUAAAUUUGGAAAACCUGUUGAUCAAUUAGAUGAUAGUCAAUUAUUCACUGUUACAAAGAAACCAAAUAAUGAUAUCAAAUUAUUAUCGAAAAAAGAAGCAAAGAAACAAGAAGCAAGAAAUAGAACUACUUUUGCAGAUAGAAUAUUACGUGGUAAUGAGAAUGUCUUACCAAUCUCAAAGACAAACGCUGGCAGCAAGCCAAUUGAACCAGACAGAUUGAUUCUCAAGAAGAAGAUUAAACAGGUGACACAACAACAGGAGGAGAGUGACGACGAUGACUUUUUGGAUGACGAUUUGAAGAAGAAGAAGAAUCUGAAAAAGAGAAAAGCAGCUGCCGACGAUCAAUCGAUUUGGGAUCACGAUGACAAUGCUCAGUAUAGCGAGGUUUCGCAAUUCGUAAAGGAUGAGGUUAAGAAGCAGACAUUCAAGGUGCCAACUCACAAGCCACUCGUCGCCAACAUGAAAUCACUCGAGCUUCCAAAGCCAGGUAUGUCAUACAACCCCGAUAAAGCACAGCAUCAAGAGGUGUUGGCCGAUGCUAUAAAGGUUGAAUUGACUGCACAGAGAUACGUUAAUAGAGUUACAAAGAGAUUGGAGAUUCAAGGUGAUGACAAUGAUGAAGAGUUGGAAGAUGAAAAGAAACAAAAAGCAGCAGCAUUAGAGGAAGAGGAGCAAGAGGAAAGUGACAGUGACAGUGACAGUGAAGAAAAGAGUUUAAAUAUUGCACAGAUCAAUGCUUUGCAAGAAAGAGUUACAAGAAAACAAAAGAAUGCACGUUUGAGAAACGCAGAGAACAUUCGUAAGCAAGUUGCAAAUCAACUCAAGAAGAAACAGUCGAAACACAUUGAAAAGUCAUCUGGAAUGGUAGAUGUUAUAGAGAAGCACGAGGAACACGUCAACAAGCGUUUAGAGAACAGAAAGAAGCUUCACGACGACAGAAAUACAAAGACCAAGAAGAUAGGAAGAUACAAUGUCACUUUGGAAACCGAACCAGUUUUAUUAACAGAUGAACUACCAAAAUCAUUAAAGAAUCUUUCAAAUGUUCACUUUAAUCCACUAGAAGAUCGUUUCAGAAGUUUACAAAAGAGAAGUAUCGUCGAAGGUUAUGGUCCAAAGGGAGAAGCAACCGUUGGAAGAAAGAAAGUCUAUACUAGACAUUCAUAUAACAAUACUACUCCUCUUUAA